ACUAAGGGUCAAGGUGACGGCCAGUAUUAGUCCUAAUUACCUGCUAUGCUUAAAUAAAUAAUAAAUCAAUCGUUUUAUGAGCCUAUGCAUAGUAGCGUUCAAAAUUUGAAGCAGCAGCUUUGGUCUACUCUUUGGAAGUUUAACCAGAAAGGUUUACAAUUCAUUAGAUCAGUUUACUGAUAGUGAUGGACAACUGUCUUUAAAUUUUGCUACGAAUGAAAUUUUCUCAGCUGCUUUUGUCUCGGAAUAUAUAUUCUAAACCAAUCAAAUCAUAAUGAAGACAAUCUUAAAAGUUGCAUUUAUAAUUUUUACCAGUAUUAGUCAAAGUUUUCAAGACUUGAGCAAGGAUCUUACAGAAGCCAAGUUCCCAAACUGCUAUCCGAAUUACUCCAUCUGUAAAGGGUAUCCAAGAUGCAUUCUGAUGAGUCAAUUGUGUGAUUCAAAACCCCAUUGUCCAAAUGGUACUGAUGAGGGUCCUAAUUGCACUGAUUUAAAAGAAAGUCCAUUACUAAAUUCAUCUACUUGCCUAUUUCAAAAGUCAUCAGAUAGGGACAAGAUCUGUAAUCUACCCGAUCGUCUUAAGUCUAGUACAAUGUAUUUUAAUAAGUGUGACUACGAAGGAACCUGUGACCAUUAUUGUGCGAAGGAUGGUACCAAUUAUCGUUGCACUUGCCAUAAAUCGUUUAAAACAGUAGGCCGAGAUUGUCUAGUUAAAGAGCCAAAAGACAAGGCAACCGGAUUCAUUGUUGGUAGUCCCCGCUCAAUUAUAUUUCUUAAGAAAGAUUUUACACAAAGCACAAAAAAACUGUCAAAACGAAAAUCAAAUUCAAAAAUAAUUGUUAUAUACAAUGAAAACAAAAUCUGCCAUGAAAAGAUACCAGCCCAUCGAGCAUUACGACAAUUGCGACUGAUAAUUGCGUGUGAUAAAAUUAAAAGGUUGGACAAUGGCGAAAUUAAGUUGUCGUAUGACGAACAAAUACCAAUAUACGGAAAAUGGUUUUUUGGAAAAAUUUUCUUAUUGGGUUACGAUUGGAUCGGUAAAAACUGGAUAAUCUUAAGAUAUGCGAGAUACAAGUUUGCAGUAAGCCUUCUAUUUUGUUCAAAGAAUGGAAAGGUUUGCAAAGUCACUUCAACUCAUAGAGGUUUAACUCUUUGGCUAAAAUGGAGGAAUGGUAAUCAAGUUGAUUCUACUGAAGGAUGUCUUUUCAUGUUAACGAGAUAUGGAUUGAACCGAGUAGAGUUUGCCUCUAAUAAAACAACAACAAUUGUUAAAUGGUCAAAAGUUGAAAGCGAUAGUGUUAAAGGUUUAACGCUGGAUAUGGUCAAGAAACAUAUCUAUUUUACUUUUGCCAAUAAUUUAUAUCGAUGUAAUUACGAUGGAAAGAGUUUACAUAGGAUAACAUAUUUCGAGAAAAAACUUAUAAAACCUUCCUUACAAUUCUUCAAUUCGACUAUGAUUGUCUUCGAUUUUGGUAGUCAAAAAUGGUAUAAAAAGGAUUUGAGAAACUUUUUAUAUCAAACAGAAAAUAAGAAUUUUGAAUCAGUACCCAUACCUGAAUCUUUAAAGAAUGAAAGAUAUUUGUACAGUUUGCAAGGUUUUCACGAAAGUUUACAACUUCAAACGAAAAUGGAGAAUUGCAGUUGCAACACAGAUUUAAUAGUUCCGUACAAAGAUCCUAAAACUGAAAAUCUAUCGUGUAAAUGUAUGUGUCAAGAAGAUUUCAAAAAAACAGAGAAUAAUACCUGUAUUGAAUAUGAAGUAGGUCAAAAACCAUUUGUUUCUGUAUUCUCUUCUGAUGGCUCUCUGGUUAGUUAUACGUUAAAAUCCUUUGAGAUAAACCACUCAAAGCGAGUUUUACCUAGUUUUAAGUCUGAUGGCUCACAGAAUAUGAUUCAUACUUAUCAUAUUUAUUGGAAGGAAAAAAUCGUUCUUGGCGUAAACAAUUCCGAAGUACAAUUUACUAAAUUUGAAAAUAACAAUGGAAUAGCUAAUUGGAAAAAAAUGUCAACGUCUUCGUAUGAUCUUAGAUCAUCUUGUUUUGAUCAAAGAACUGGAAAUCUUUAUGUAUUUCGUAGCUAUUACGUGGAUAUUAUUCCAAUAAUGGGUAACGCAUAUAAAAAGACAAUCAAAAUUAAUUCUCAUUUUAUAAUGGCGUCAACAAUUAAUUAUAACGAUAACAAAUUGGAAUUCUUGGAUAUGGAUAAACAUACAAGCGCUACGUUAAACGUUUGUGAUUUAUUUGCUAGAAACUGCAAAAAAAUAGACUCUUUCGGAAGAAAUUAUGAAUAUCCUGUUGAUCUCUUUCAUAUCAAAGAUCGAUUCUUUAUUAUAUAUGACAAGUUUUUUGAAUCGUUAAGCUCUAAUCAAAAGGGUAUUAGGCAAAAUGUAAAAACUUAUAAAUUGUCGAAGAGUCCCCUUAAGAGUUUAUCAAUAUCCUACAUCAAGAAUCAAUAUUAUAUUAUCGCUUCUUUGGAUGGAAUGUAUAAAAUAUAUAAAAAUGGACAAGGAUACGAAAGAAUCCUCAAGCCAACUAAGGAUGAUGUUUCAAGAGUCAUUCUAACUAAUCCAGAAUUAUAUCAAGAUAAUCCGUGUAAAGAUGCAAACUGUUCCGAAAUUUCCGUACCACUGGAAUCUGGAAAGUGUGAAUGCGCUUGUCGAAAUUUUUAUAAAAUCUCACAAAAAGAUAAGAAAACGUGUGAAAAGAUGGAAAUUAAUGGUACAAUAGACUGUAACAAACCAUCUUUCCGCUGUACAAAUAACUAUUGUAUAGAGCAAAGCCAAAAGUGUGAUGGGAAACCGGACUGUGAAGAUGAAAGUGAUGAAUUAGAAUGCGGAAAAAGUCUAUGUUCAGCUUCUAAAAGAUCAUGUGGAAAAAACUUAUGUAUUCCAAGCGAUAAAUUUUGCGAUGGAAAAGCAGACUGUCCAAAUAAUAUAGAUGAAAUGCAUUGUAAUAAACCCCCUUGCUAUAGUCAUCAAUUUCACUGCACAUCCGACAACUCAUGCAUCCCUCAUAGCUCGGUUUGCGAUUGGUACUCUGAUUGUUCAGAUGGAGAGGAUGAAAGAGCUAAUUGUACAAAAUUGAAUGAUAAAAAAUGCCAAUUUGCAUGCGAUGGUCACACAACCUGUUUAAAGCAUGAACAGGUUUGCGAUGGAGUCUUUCAUUGUAGAGAUGGACAAGAUGAAGCGGUUUGUGGUGUCAAGAAAACGUGCUCUGCUGAUGAGUUCUCGUGUUUUCCAACUAAUAUCUUGUGUAUAAAUUGGACUCUGGUAUGUGACGAGAUCAGCCAUUGCCCUUUUUCUCAAGAUGAAAAUUUGUUAAAUUGUCCAGCUGUGAAGAACAAUAAAACUUGCCCUGCUGAAUUCUUUACUUGUGGAAAAGAUAGACAGUAUUGUAUUCCUCUUUCACUGAAAUGUAAUGGUAUUAAAAAUUGCAUCGACGGAGAAGACGAAAAAGGAUGUCCUAAAGAUGAUGAUGACUGUAAUAAGCCAUCUAACAGAUGUAACGGUCGUUACGAUUGUCCAGAUAAAUCCGAUGAAAGUAACUGCAAUCAAACAGUUUGUGAGAAACCGAACUAUAAAUGCCUAAACAGUACAAAAUGCAUUAAAUAUACGAAAACUUGCGACCGACGAAGUGACUGUCCUUUAGGUGACGAUGAAGGGGGUUUAUGCAAAUUUAAAAUGUGCUUGUAUAACAGAAUAAAGUGUGAAGGGGCUUGUUUUAACUCACCUAAGGGAUUCCAAUGCGUUUGCCCGCCUGGCAUGGCGUUACUAGACGGCUCGGAUUCCAGGUGUGUGGAUAACCGCAGUUGCUCAGAUUAUGGUACAUGUUCUCAGAUAUGUACUAAGAAAAGACAAUGUAGCUGCCUCGAUAAUUACACUCUGGACCCAUUCGACAACUUCACAUGUAUACCAUCUAGCGAAGACACCGCUAAUGUCAUUUACAGUGCAGGGCACAGUAUAUUUUUGUACAAUGGAGAUGUUUUAAAUCGUAGAAAAACAAUUGUUGCGUCAGGAAAUUCAACUCGUUUUGAGUUAACCGACGGUUUACAGUCGAUAGUUGGUUUAGAUUAUUACGAUAAUAAGACAGACGGAUCGAUGCAACUUUUUUUCACCGAUAUUGGAGAGAAUUCAAUCUUCAGAAGUAUUUAUAAAGACAAUGUCAGAGUUGAAAUUAAACCUAUCAUAAGCUAUGGUUUAACGACAGCAGAAGGAAUUGCUGUUGAUUGGAUAAAUGAAAAAAUAUAUUGGACGGAUGCUGCCUUAGAUCAAAUUCAAGUUUCAAAUUUUAAUGGAGAUUUUCAAAUGGUUCUAGUGUCAGGUACCAUUGGAAAUCCGAGAUCAAUAGCUGUCUCACCCAAAAAAGGCUAUUUAUUUUGGACUGACUGGAACAGACAUUCUCCAAGAAUUGAAAGAUGCUCUAUGGAUGGUUCUGACAGGAUUUUUCUUACCAACUUGAAAGACAUGGGUGGUAGCUGGCCGAAUGGAUUAACAAUUGAUAAUACAAAUGAUAGGAUCUAUUGGGCGGACGCACACUCCCAUUCGAUUUAUACAUCAGACAUGGAUGGGAAGAAUGUUAUUCCAAUCCUUACUAAUCAUCCUCUUUUGACCCACCCCUUCUCUAUACACGUUUUUGGUUCUUUUGUCUUCUGGAUUGAUUGGGGUACCAGUUCUAUCUUGAGAGCGAAUAAGUUUGAUGGUUCUGACGUCUAUGUUGUCCAUCGUAUUAAACGCCGUCCGUACGGUUUAAAAAUCUUUCAUCCCCUCGUUCAAGAACCUGGCGAAAAUCCCUGUAAAGAUAAUGGGGGUUGCGAUGAAAAUGCCAUUUGUCUGCUGAAACAUAACAAUAAAACUGGCCUUAGCCAAAAAAGCUGCAAGUGUCUAAACCUCUACGAAUUCUCUGAAAGUUCUAAAAAAUGCACUCGUAUGACUGAGUUUUUACUAAUGGGAGGACAAAUGAACAUAAGGGGUGUUAGUUCUAAAAAAGCAUCAUCAAACGUCUUCCCUUCAAUUCCUGGAUUCUUCGUAGUAACACCCAAAUCAUUGGUUUAUGACUACAAACAAUACAAAAUCUUUUGGGCGGAUAUAGGAUUUCCCGGUCGAUUAUUUCUUUUGAGAUUAUUCGAUAUAAAAACAAACACCAGUUCAACAAUAUUCGAAUCUGGAAGUUAUAAAGUAAACGACCUAGAUAUUGACAUCGAAUCCAGAAAUCUCUAUUUUAUAACUUACAACGAACGGGCUGGAGAAGGAAGCAUCCGAAUUAUAAAUCUCGAUCGGAAUUAUUCAACUGCGAUAGUUAAUCAUGCAAAUGAAGAAUCUCAAACCUUUAUACCAGAAAGUUUGGCUAUUGCUCCCGUUUCUAGAAAACUAUAUUGGAUUGAGCAGAAUUCAGCUGAUAUUCAUUCUUCAAACCUUGACGGAACAGACUACACAUCUAUUCGUGUUAAGAAUAAUACUUGUUUAGGGAAUCCAAUCCAAAUAGCUUUUGACAAAUUUACUCAAAGGUUAUGGUGGCAUACGAACGAUAAUAAAGUUUCCUACUUAUGUUCCUGUGAUGAAAAAGGAGAAAAUUUCAAGGCUAAAGUUUUGAAGGUACCGCUUAGUUCUUUUACAGUUCAAGAAGACGUUGUCUUUACGGCGGCAGGACAAAAUAUUUAUAAAUACGUUGAAAAUAAAAAAGCUAGCUUUGAAAAUGCUACUAGCACAUUAAUCAGCCUUUUUUAUCAUAAAGAAAUGAAAUUACCACCUAGUCCAUGUAAAAGCAAUCCAUGCAGCCAUAUUUGUAUUCCAGUGCAGACUGAAAAAACCUAUGUCUGUAGGUGCAGUGAAGGUUACGAACUCGUAGAUGGCAAGUGUACAUUUAUAAAAAGUUUUCUUAUGACUGUAACAACGACAGGAAUAAUGAGUUUGAGUUUGGGAAGAGAUUUGAAAAGUUCUAUGCCCAUAUACAGCUCAUCUCAUUCCAUUCAAUGUGCUGCGUAUGACGUUAAAAAUAAUUGGAUAUAUAUCUUUGAUCAAAUAACAAGAUCAAUUAAACGGUACAAAACGGAUAUGUCAAAGGAAGAGGUUGUGAUCUCAGAUGGCCUUGGCUACGUAGUAAAUAUGAAGUACGAUUGGACUACCGAUAAUCUAUACUUUUAUGAUAGAGGAUACGAUGUUAUUGAAUUAAUUCACAUUUCAAAAAAUUUAACAGAACUCAAAAGAUUUGUCAUCUUCUCUCAAAUGAACUUUCAUUUGAGUUUUGCCUUAGAUCCUAUCAACGGAUUCAUGUAUAUUAAUCAGAGAAGUGUCAAUAGGCGAAAUAGUAUCAGCCGAUAUACUUUGGAUGGAACGAAUAAAGUAGUCUUAAGGAGUGAAACUAAAAAUGAUAAAUCACAGUUUUCCUUGGCUUACGAUAAUAAUCGGCUUUUCUUUUGCGAAAAUAAUGGAAAAUCAAUUGUUAUGAUGGAUCUAAAUUCAAAUAUUACAACAACUAUUGUUGAGAAUCCUUCUGAAUUUUGCAAUGAAUUUGAUGUCAUGAAUGAUAACUUAUAUAUCUUUAAUUCAUCAGAUAAAAGCCUAAGCAAAAUAAAUAUAAAAACAAAGGAAAAUACAGUCUUAAAGAAAUUUUCGGAUAUUAAAUCGAAUUUAAUGCCACAACUGGUGAUUUUUGAUAAAUCCAAGCAAUCAGGACAGAGCUCUUGUUCGAAAUCUACUGAAAAGUGUCAAGGAACAUGUGUACCUCUAAGUAAAACGAAAAAAAAAUGUAUAUGCUCAUUUGGUAUAUCCAAUGGAACGGAAUGCAACGAACCCGAUUCUUAUUUAGCCUAUGCCAGUGACAAAUACAUAAAAAUAGCUCAUACCCACAUUUCUGAACAUAGUAGUCAACACGCAGACGACAAAAAAAUAUCUAAUGAUACAGUUAUGAAGGCAAUUGUUGGUUUGACGGCUGAUGUAAAAAAUGAAGUAUUUUACUAUACUGACAGCGUUUUUGCCUCCAUAUUUUCUAUUAAUUUUAAUGGAUCAAACCCAAAAAAGCUAAUGUCAUUCAGUAGCUACUCCGAUGGAAUUGCCUUUGACGAACUUAAUAAGUUUUUGUAUUUUACAAGUAACUCACAAUCCAGUAUAUUUACAUACGAUUUACAAAAGGGAGAAGAUUACACGAUGCUCAUUAGACUUGGUAGAGGAGAUAGACCAAGAGCAAUAGUUGUCGACCCUUGCGUGAGAAAGUUAUUCUGGACAAGUCUUAGAAGAGAAUCGCCAAGUAUUCAAUCUUCUUCUCUUAUUGGAUGGAAUAGAAAAGCAAUUAUUUCAACUAAAAUUAUAGCCCCUAAUGGUCUAGCCAUAGAUCAAAAAGCCCAGAAACUCUACUGGGCAGAUGCAAAACUUGAUAAAAUUGAAAGAUGUGACUAUGAUGGUCUUAAUAGGGUUGUUAUUGUUGCUAGUGGCAUAUAUCAUCCAUUUGGACUUACUACACUGGGAGAUUAUCUGUAUUGGACAGACAUUCAAAAGAAGGCUAUCGUACGGGCUAACAAAUAUACAGGCGGUGAAAUGAAAGUUAUAAAAAGAGAUAUGUUUCACGCUCCUCUUGGAAUAGUUGCCAUUUCUGAAGAUAUACCAACCUGUAAGGAUCACCCUUGCUAUAAACACAACGGAGAUUGCGAGCAAAAUUGUAAUACACUUGCUACUGGUGAAGUACAAUGCUCUUGUUUUCCAAAUUACAAAUUAAAUAAGGAUAACAAAACUUGCUCCUAUAUCGACCGUUCAUCAAUAACUUGUGACAAUAAGAGUCAAUUUCGUUGUCUGGAGGAUAAAAAAUGUAUUGCCUUUGAGGCAACCUGUGAUGGGGAAAAACACUGUUCAAAUGGAACUGAUGAAUUAUAUGAUUAUUGCCACAAUCGACGCUGUCCAUACGGAUAUUUCCUCUGCAAUAAUACACAAUGUAUCAAAUCAACUCUUGUCUGCAAUGGUGUAAAGAACUGUAAAGAUGGAUCGGACGAGUCGAUAUGCCCAGUUUUUAAUGAAACAGCUUGUGGACAAGAUAAAUUUGCGUGCGCAAGCGACGGAAAAUGUAUCUUAAAAAAACAUGUCUGCGAUUCUGAAAGAGAUUGCACGGAUGCAUCCGACGAAACAAAUUGUCCUUUCAUUACGCAUUGUGUGAAAGACUCUAAAAGAAUGAUAAAAUGUAAUGGAACAACAGCUUGUAUACUACCGGAAUGGAAAUGCGAUGGAGUUAACGAUUGUUGGAAUAAUGAGGAUGAGAUAGAUUGUCCUCGAAUACCUGAGAGACAGAUAUGUCCUGAAGGCUGGAUACCAUGCACUAAUAGUACAGGUUUCUGUCAUAUGAAACAAUGGUCAGUUGACGGUCAAAUUGAUUGUCCUAAUGGAGAGGAUGAGAUUGGUUAUACAUGCCCUCCUGACACCUUUGAGUGUAGUCACUUGCAUUGCAUACCAAAGGAUUAUGUAUGCGACAAUAUAAAAGACUGCUCAAACGGAGCAGAUGAGAGAAAUUGUGCUACCACUAACUGCAGUGAGACGCAGUUUCAAUGUAAACAGAAAAACAUAACAAGAUGCAUUUCAAAGAAAUUAGUUUGCGAUAAAGAAAGUAACUGCGACGAUGGCGCUGAUGAAUAUCCAAAUCAAGAUUGCAAAAAUUCAAAUUCUAUCUGUCAUGCUGAUGAAUUUGACUGUGGAAAUGGGACGUGUAUUCCCAACAUUUACCGUUGUGAUAAUAUAGUGGACUGUAGAACCAGAGCUGACGAAACAGAGAAUUGUCAUUAUGAAUGUAAAGAUAAUGAAGCAUUAUGCACACGUGGGAAACGCAGAUGUGUUCCAAGAUGCAAUGGAAAGGUUGAAUGUCCGGAUGGCAUAGAUGAACUACUCUGCCCUACAACAUUACCCGAUAAUAAAUAUCAAUGCAAUAAUGGUAACAUUAUAGAUGCUUCUAAAUUGUGUAAUACUUUCGACGAUUGUGGAGACAAUUCAGAUGAAAAUGACUGUGGAGUUGAUUUAUGCACUUUACGAAAACCAUGCCAUCAUAUAUGUACCGUUGGAAAAUACUCUAACGGCAGUAUUAUGAAAGGAUACAAAUGCAGCUGUCGUCAGGGGUAUAAACUAAAUGGAACGUCUUGUGAACCUUUUGACAUUUGCUCAUCAUUAAAACCCUGCAGUCAAAAAUGCAUAAAUAGAAUAGGUAAAAUUGGGUCAUAUAGAUGUGGAUGUGUAAAAGGCUACUACUUAAAUAUUAGUAGUCAAAUAUGCCUCUCAACGUCAAAGAUCGAAAAACAACUAAUAGUUGUCUAUAAAUAUGAUUUCCGACUCUACUCUCUAGAUGGAAAACAACUAAGUAAUCCAACUAAGCUCAAAUUGAUAAAUGCCGUCGCUUUAGAUUUUCACUGGCCAACUCAAACUAUAUAUAUCACUGAUGUUUCUUCUGAAGGUUCUAAAAUAGUCAAGUUUUUCCGUGAAAAUGGAACUAGUAAAGUUCUUCAUACUUCUGUAAAAAAUCCAGAUGGCAUUGCAGUUGAUUGGGUGGGGAAAAAUCUUUAUUGGGCAGAUAAACAAUCAAAAACGAUUGAAGUAUCGGAUUUGGAAGGAAGAUACAGAAAAGUAUUAUUGAGAAAUCUUGGUAAACCUAGAGCGAUAGUUCUACAUCCAAAAAGAGGCUUUUUGUUUUAUUCGGAUUGGGGAAAACAUGAAAUUGUUCGAACAGGAAUGGAUGGAUUCCAUGUUAAAAGGAUCGUAACGGAAGAUAUUGAAUGGCUAAAUGCUUUAACAAUUGAUUAUACAAUGGAUAAACUUUAUUGGGGUGAUGCAAAAAAUGAUUUUAUUGGCCAGUGUAAUCUAGAUGGAUCUGGUAAAAGACGCAUUAUUCAACAUAAUCUUCAACAUAUCUUCGCUCUUACCUUCUUUGAAGGUUAUCUCUACUGGUCAGACUGGGAAAUGUCUCAUGUUGAAAAAGCAAGGGCGAAUGGCAAAGAUAGACAAAAAGUUAGGGCAUUCACCCAUAAGCCAAUGGAUUUGCAUGUGUUUCAUCCAGCAAGACAGCCUAAGGUUCCUGAUGAAGAUAAUCCAUGUGUUCGAGAAAAGUGUGGACAAGGAGCUUUGUGCCUGAUUAGACCAGGAGGCAUAACUCGACAAUGCGUUUGUCCCGAAAAAUAUUUUAUGUCACCCGACAAAUCAAUUUGCCUACCAAACUGCACUUCUUCCGAAUUUACCUGUUUUAAUACUUUCAAAUGUAUUCCUAAUUUAGCCGUAUGUAAUGGAGAAGAUGACUGUGGGGAUGGGAGUGACGAAAAAGGUCCCUGUCGAAAGUACCACUGCCGAAAACCAGGAUAUUUUCAGUGUGCCAACGCCAACAGUUCAGAGGGUUGCGUAUCACCAGCUUCAGUUUGUGAUGGAUAUCCUCAUUGUAUGGAUCAUUCAGACGAGAGUAAUUGCGCAAAUCAUACAUGCUUAAGAUCGCAAUUUAAGUGCGCAAGUCCACCGAAAUGUAUUCCACGAUCGAAAAUGUGCGAUGGAAGACCUGAUUGUGGUGAUUAUACAGAUGAGAAAGACUGUGGCAUAAAAAAAUGCGAAGAGAACCAAUUUCAAUGUGACGAUAAAUCCUGUAUUUUAUACGUAUGGAAAUGCGACAAUGACAACGAUUGCAAUGACAAAUCCGAUGAAUCGAAUUGUAAAAAUGUCACUUGUAAAGAAGGUCAUGUUAAGUGUCCAAAGUCUGGUAAAUGUAUACCAAAAGCUUGGUUGUGCGAUGGAGAUAAUGAUUGUCCGGAUCAUUCUGAUGAAAAGGAUUGCUCAAAUAAAACUUGCGAAAUUACAUACUUCCAGUGUCAUGAUAAACAACGAUGUAUACCUGGAAGAUGGAAAUGCGACUAUGAGAGUGAUUGUCUUGAUGGCAGCGACGAACAGGGCUGCAUUGCGAGAAAUUGUUCUGAGAAAGAACUUAAAUGUCAAGUGAAUCAAAUGUGUAUACCUCCCUACCAAAUUUGCGAUGGAAUCAACCAUUGUUCAGAUGGUAGUGACGAAACAAUUUGCAACAACGGUCCACUAAAUUGCGGAGAGGAUUUCUUCCUUUGCCAGCUAGAUAAUAAAUGCAUUCACAAAAGUCUAAGAUGCGAUGGGCAAGUGGAUUGUUCAAAAGCAGAGGAUGAAGUUAAUUGUACUGGUUGCUCAUCAAAAAGAAAAAAGUGUUUAAGUGGAGAAUGUCUGCCUCUUGAGCAAUUUUGUGAUGGACAUGCUGAUUGUUUAGAUGGAUCUGAUGAAUUUAAUUCCACGUGUAUUAAAUAUAUCUGUCUGCCUGGUCACCAUCGUUGUGAUAAAACAAAAUGUCUCCACUUUCGUAAUCUUUGCGACGGUGUUAGAGAUUGCCUCGACGGUUCGGAUGAAAUAUUUUGUGCUGAAACUAAAACUUGCGGAGCAGAUUUCCCUGUAUGUAUGAAUGGGAAAUGCCUAAGCAUGGAUCCAUCUUGUCAAGAAAAUCAUGUAUGCAGCGCCAAUAACAGUCAAUAUUGCGGAUGUGCUAAAAAUCCAACUUUAUGCGAUCAUUUAUGUAUUGAUAAUCCUUCAAAGCGCACUCAUAGUUGUUCCUGUAUUUCUAAUUCACUUUACGAAAGAAAACAGCAUUCAUGUAAGGCUAAAACUCAUCAAAAGACUCGUCUACUCUUGGGUAUAAAGAAUGAAGUUCAUGUUAUCGAAGAUUUUGAUAAGAGUCCUAAUAAAUUUAAAACCCAAUUAACCAUCAACUUUCGCUCAAUUCAAAUCUAUUAUGAACAUUCAAUGUUGGCAAUAUUGUUUGCUAGUGCUGAAACUAAAAAUGGUUCUGUCAUCCUACGAAAAGACUUUCGAACAAGCUCUUUUGACAGAAUUAACCUUACAACGGGAUUUCAUACGAUAGUUAAUCAAUUUCAAGAAAUUGAUCACUUUGCUCUGGAUUUCUCUCAGAGACGUAUCUAUUUUACGUCUUCUCUAAAAGGGCAUUCAAUAAGAUUUUGCACAUUUUUUGGUUCAAAUAUAACUACCAUAUUAUACUUAAGAAAUCGUCCUGUAGCUAUUUCGCUAAAUACAAAGUCAAGUUACAGGCACAUUUAUUGGAUAGAAGCAGACAAACCUAGAUUAGCUAUGGCUUAUUUAGAUGGAACAAAUGAAAAGACAAUUUGGACUGACAUGGGAACCCCUACUGACGUUAAAUAUGACAUGUGGUCUAAUAGGAUAUACUGGGUUGAUAUGAGAAGGAAAACUAUCGAAUUUAUAAAUGUUGACAGUAUUUCAAAGGAUAAAAUUGAGCAUUAUAUUGCAUGGAAGUUUAACCAUCAUUCUAAUUUAUCACCUUAUAAAAUAGAGAUUUAUGAGACAGCAAUUUUCCUAAUCGCUCAUCUUCAAGGAAAGGUGUUUGCAUUAAAGAAAGUUGCCUAUGACCAUCCUAUUGAUAUGAUUGAUGACACACUCUCAACCGUAGAGAAUGGAGUGUUUCCCCCACCAAUUUAUUCAAAUAAUAAGCUCUCUCAAGUAGCAUCUGUUAGUGUUCUGAGUACGUUGGAGGGAUUAUAUAAGUUUAAACAACCUUGCUUCUGUGGAUUGGGACUGAACAGUAUGUGCGUUAUAAGUCAUAAUAAAACAUCUUGCCUAUGUCCCGGUCAUAAAAUCAGAAGAAUAGAAAAAGGUCAAAGUUGCGAUGACCAUUUCGACGAGACAGCCGAAUGCGAAAAUGGAGGAACUUGCGAUAAAAUUGGAAAUAGUAAAUGUAAAUGCAAAUGCCUACCUGGUUUUGAGGGUCCUUAUUGUAGGUUAAAAAGUGAAAAAUGCGAAAAUAUCUAUUGUAAAAAUGGAAAAUGUCAGAAUAAUAAAUGCAAAUGCGAUAUUGGUUGGGAAGGAGAAAAAUGUGAUUAUGCUGCAUGCUACCGAUGCGCCAAUGGUGGACAGUGUUACCUUGAUUCUAAUAAUGUUACUCGUUGCAAAUGUCCUAAAGGUUUUGAUCCAUCGACGAAUUGUAGAACUAAAUGUUCAUCUCAUAAAUGUGAGAAUGAAUGCGAAAAAUUUGAAGGAGGAACAACUUGCAAAUGCGGAGAGCAUUACUCUCAUAAAGAGUUCGGUUGCGUUCCUUUAUGCACAUAUAAUAAGAAAUCUAUAUGCUCAGUGGGCGUUUGCUCAAUAGAUACUAAACUAUGCAAUUGUUCAAAAUCGGGAAUAAUUUGUUCGAUUGAUAAUCGAUGUAAUUGUACUGCUGGAGCUAAAACUUUAAAUUUCGAUUUUAUAAAAGAUAAAAUUCAAUGCAAUUGUUUGCCUGGCUACUCGGGAGAAUAUUGCGAAAUAGGCAAAAAUAUUUCUAAAUGCUCUUGCUUAAAUGAAGGAGUUUGUAAAUCAAAUGAGACCUCAACUUGGUGCAUGUGCACGAAAAAUUUCACAGGUAGCCAAUGCGAAAUUAAUAAAUCUACUAUUACGUGCAAAAAUGGAACAGGAAACAACUGUAAUAAACAAAUCAAGGGUGAUACUAAACGUGUUUCCGCUACGAUCAUCAUUGUUCCCGUUGUAGUUGUUCUGGGUAUUUGUAUUAUAGCUAUUGGAAUAUUUUUGAAAAGAUGCAAAAAAAAUUACAACAAUAAAUACUGUCAACACGAUGGACCUAUUGAAAUAACGAAUCCAAUGUUUAGAAGAGAUGAACUGGAUGAGCCAACAUUCGACGAAGGAGCACCUUUUCAAGACAAAGCAGACGAUCCAACAAAUAGUUUUGCAAAUCCUUUAUACGGUGCACAAUUAACUCCAAGUAUGGGAGACAUGAAGGAAUCUGAAGGAAAGGAAUUACUGCUGGGCUCUGAUUAA